UCUGUAAUCUCAUCGUUGUACGGAACAGGCCAGGUUUUGGAUCAACUUUAAGGCUCGCUUAAUUUUACAUCUCAGUUAAUUCCAGAUCCCACUGGGCGUUAUGGUACCUUGGUCGAUGGAAACAAUUUUGACGGCAUGGUGGGCAUGAUUCAAAGCGGCAAAGUUGACAUUGGAUUGUACUAUCUUUCACACAAGAGCGUCUGCUAGCAAUUGAACUUCUGGAACCAUGUUGGUACACUACUUUCGGUACUCCAUAAAACUGUAUUCCCCUUGCACUACUCCUAAAUCCAAGGAGGCAACAAUCCCACAUGAUUAUCAUCCUCUUCCAUGAGGACGGUCUGCACUGUGCACAUUGGCGCGAUCGAACAGCUGAGCCAAACAAUCGCUCUCCCUAACUCAAGCACUCACUCACUCGUUGGCCUUCGUUCCCGGUCUUUCUCUUUUUCCUGUGUUUCUUCGCGGCUCGGAACUUGGAACACUGGGCAUCAAGACUCGCAACUCACUCCUCAGUUGGACCUUGGCAGUGGAACAAGGACCACUGUGUUCUAGUUCUAGGUGUUGAAAGGAGAAGGAAGAGGAAGAAGAAGAAGAAGAAGAGGAGGAGGAGAAAUGAACUCUUUUCGGCUAUUUUUAUCCCACAUGAGGGAUUUUCCCGGUAGCCGUUAGUGAGAACGACCAAAAGGCGACAAGAACUCUUGGGACAAAAGGAGCAGAACACGGUCCCAGUCCGAUAUUUGCCUGUAGUUCGAUUGCAGUCUGCGUAUGGAUGUUCCUAAAUCGAAUGUGCCUUUAAACUCGCACAUGAAAUCGGCCACGGAUACACGGAUAUCCUCGUAACGUUUUGAAUCAGGUGUGUUCUCCAUGUGCCUGGAAGCUCUGGAUCGGGCAUAAUUAAUUCCUCAGUCAAAAACAAACAGUGUCUCAUUUUUCAUGCCCGUCGCGCUUGGAAGUAGUGAACGAUCUGUCCAAUAAAGCGGGUUCCAAGAGUCCCGCAACAGAUCCUGUCAUUGCACUUGCUCCACUUGCACAUGGGAAAGAAGACGGUAAAUCCAAGCCAGCUGGUGUCCACGAUGUCAGGAUAAGGAUCAAGAUUGGCCGUCAAAGUAAUCCUCGUUCACAGUGCUCGUCUCUUGUCCUCUCCUCCCUAUGUGGAUCUGGGGAAUAACUGUUCGACGUCUUUGGCAUAAACAAAUUUGUUCCGAAUUGAUCUAGGGAUGUGCCAAGUGUGAAUAUCUUGUACUGUUCCUCUGAAUUGAAGAAGUACACGGAAAAGGUCUGAUGGAACAAGCUCGAGAAGAAGGAUGAAGUUAUACCGUGUUGUUUCAACAUGGUCAUGUGGACUGAAGCUCAAUUCUGUGGAAUGAGAUCUUUAACGUGGAACUGAUCUGAGAUGGAAGGCACUUGACAUGAAACAAAGGAAAUCGAUAACCCGUGGAACCAGCUAUUUCCAAGAGCACACAUAAGUUUGCAUAAAUGACUUUGCUUUGAAACAAGUCUUCAGAGCAGAACGAUGAGGCAGGGUCACGUGUACGAGCCUUUAUUGGCCCAGGUUCCCACGCACAUUCCUCCUCGGGUUCCAAUUCCUCCUUAUCCCACCAAUGUGAAUCCAAACAGUCCCUACUACGUUCCGUGCAAAUGUGAUUAUCUCAAUCAGAUUCGUUACUACAACCAUCGAAAUAACGAGUUCUACUAUCACACCGCAGCUGUGGACCACAACUAUUCGCCUCAUCAAGCACAUCCUCCCCCACCUCCUCAUCCCCUUCACUCUCCUAUGGCCCAAGGGAUCGGAGAAACGGAAGACAUCGGCAAUCUGACACAGGCUUUCCCUCCUCAUCCAGUCUACUAUGAUCCCUAUGGGCCUUACGUUCCUCCCGUGGGACAUUAUCCCAACGCGUAUUAUCCGCCACCUGGUCAUCCAGGCUAUCAUAACCUCGAGGCUGGAAUCUGUGAACUCGUCCUGGUCAUCUUGGCAUUACUACUAUGGUUAUAUUCCUUCUUCCGUCUAUACAGGGUGUGGCAGAGGACCUUAAACUUCAGCGAAUCAUCUAUUCAGGGACCACAAGGCUGGGAUCUGCUCGUGAACUGGAUCAUGGAACGCAUCCGAGUCAAGAAGCUAAAAGUGCCCGGUAUGAACGUUCGAGGUCGCAACAAGAACAUGCGGCGGGACGCAGUUUGCGAGUCCAUAACCGAGGUUGAACCGCCUCCCAUAGGCGUGCCAGACAUUCCCAAGGUCGCUCUGAGUCGUGUAGCCACUCCGGACGAAGCUGAACGCGGCGCUGUGGGCGUGCACUCGGGUUCGAGUCCCGUCGUGAACCACCCAAGUUCCGUCGAGAAUCUCCGUGCUGUGACUAAAACGUGUUAUGAAAACGAGCUCAGUCGAGACGAAAUCUCCACCAUUUCUUCGCUUAAGCAAGAAAUCGAGCUGAUGACUCAGGCUCGAACUCCGACUCAACGAGUCCGAUUACAGGCCUCGGGCAAACAAAGAAGCUUGUGCGAGACCUCUUCGUCCUCUGAUCGAGUCCAUCCUUAUUUAGAUAAUGAUAACCAAAUCAUCCGCUCAGCUCAGUCAAGUGAAACAUUACAUGAUGUUCAUAAUCGAAUUGAAUAAAUAGGUAUUUAUUGUGUC